GGGAGACAGCGAGCGAGAGAGGGAGAGCCAAAGCAGGGAAAAAUUGGCAAAGACAAAGGACUGAGGAGCCUUUGGAGACACAGGGGACACCAGAUUCAGUUUUUACACCGGUUUAUGAUACUCCAGCUGGGACAGCAGCGCCAGGAAGCGGCCAGGCACUCAGUGUAUCUGUUCCAGUAGAAGUGAGGCUUCACGGUCAGCAGCCUGGUGAUGGAAAGAACUGCAAAGCUAUAGGCUUGGUGACUGGAUGGAAAGAGCUGUCAACGCACAUAGAAGAUGGAGGAAGUGGAAACACACAGAAAUCAGCGGCUGUUCGACUGACGACACCGCUGCCGUGUUGCUGGAGGAGUAAUCUUUCAUUCGGACGCAUCUGGAGUAUCUUUGUUUGCUGGCGAUCCCAACUUGAGUUCCAGUUUCCCCCCUCCCUCCCUCCUGUUGACCUUUCUUCACAUCUAUCGUUUAGGGAGAGCAGGUGUUAAACAGCCACAGCCACAGGUCUUCAUUUACCUUGCAACCCCCACCUGCCCCUUGACCAUACACAGAGACACACACAAGCUCCUCUCUUCCAAGCGGCUGAGAGGUUGCUAUGGCAAUGGUUGUCAUGAUGCUGAUGUAGCAUCCUGAAAGUAGUAGCUGUGGAGGUAGUGGCGGAGCUGGAGGAGGUGGCGGCGGCAGCGGUGGGAGUGGUGGUGGUGGUGGUGAACGGUCAGGGAUGGGAAGCGCUCCGUAUCCAGCCGGCGAGUGGAAGGGGAAGGGGCGAGGCGGCCUGCAAGAGCUGGGCUGCAUGCGCUGGAAGGUCGGCAAGCAGAAAGGAGGAGGCGGAGGAGGGGAUGUGGUGGUCGGAGCGGAGGAGAGGAGGUGCAGGGAUCCCACGGACUCUCAGCAGCAGCAGCAGCAGCAGCAGCAACAGGAUCUCUCAUCCUCCUCUUCCUCCCUAACCCCUCCACUGCCUCCUCAACCAUCUCCGACACCUCCGGCCAUUUAUCAUGAGAAGCAGCGGAGGGAGCUGUGCGCCCUGCACGCGCUCAACAACGUCUUCCAGGAUGGGACGGCCUUCAGUAGAGACACCCUGCAGGAGAUAUACCAGAGGCUUUCUCCCAGCACUCUGGUGACACCUCACAAGAAGAGCAUGCUGGGAAAUGGGAACUAUGAUGUAAAUGUCAUUAUGGCAGCCCUGCAGACCCGAGGGUUUGAGGCAGUUUGGUGGGAUAAAAGAAGGGAUGUAGGCAGCAUCGAGCUGUCCAACGUGACAGGCUUUAUUCUGAACGUGCCAUCCAACCUGCGCUGGGGGCCUCUCCGUCUGCCGCUCAAACGCCAGCACUGGAUCGGCGUCAGAGAGGUAGGGGGAGUGUACUACAACUUGGACUCUAAGCUGCGCAGCCCCCAACCCAUCGGCAACUCGGAUGAGCUCAGGAAGUUUCUCCGCCAGCAGCUGCGAGGGAAGAACUGUGAACUCUUAUUGGUCGUCUCAGAGGAAGUGGAGGCACAUCAAACAUGGCGGUCUGAUGGCUAACGGUUUAACACCUCCUAAGCUAAGGGAUCACAACUCCAGCUGGGCCAACGGGCCAAUCACAGGACAAACGGGAGAGGAAGUAAAGUCGUGCACAGCCAAUCACAUGGAUGCACACUUGCAGAUGUAAUUUUCCCCCCUUUAUUGGGUUUUGUUUACACAGCCAUUGCUGGACUCUUAAUCUGAGAGGAUGCAGAGCAAUGAAGGAAGCAAACACUUUACAGGGAGAAUCAAAGAAUCACAGUCCUUUACUCACGACACACUUAAGACUUAUAAAACGUUAUUAUUCUGUUUCUGCUAUUCUCGUGUUUUUAUAUAUAUUGACUAUUUUUCAAUGUCGGUUUUGAUCCGUUGAUUUUUUUUUUCUUUUUACCGUUGAAGUUUCCAAAGUCAUGGGAUUUCAGGCUUUAUGAAAAAUGCUGUGUUGAUCUGCUGUCUCCCACAGUGAUCCUCCCUGCUUCUGUCAUGAUGUUCACUGAUGUGUCUUUGUGUUCCUGUCUCUCCCUUCACGUCGUGAAUGUCCCCCUCCCGUCCGUCCGUAUCCUCGGUCCUUCACUUUCACCAAAGCGUGCCCUUUUCUUGCCUCUGUGUGACUCCAUCUCACUUCUCCUCUCGGCCCCUUUUCCAUAUAUCACAGGUCAAUUAUCACGUUGCCAACUUUGUAUUUCAUCCACUUCCCAAACGCCUCUGGCACAGUCUGAGCCUACACUGUACCGAGGCUGUGCCGACACAACAGUUUUAUACGCAACAAAGCAAUGCAACACCCAGGCCAAGCACUCCCUCUAGUGGAUGUUUGCCUCAGUUUCCUACCAAGGAAGUAACAGCACCAUUCAUCCAGUUUUUUAUGAUUAUUCAUGUUUAAAUCGUUGCUUUAUAGUGAUGAGGAGUGCUUGUCAACGAGGAAAAAAUGCAAUACUAACAGUUAUCAUCUUUUAGUAGUAUUAUACUGUAGAAUUAUCCAGUUAAGGUGGUAAGAAAACCAGUUGUCCAAAUUAUUGAUAAAAUCAGACUCAACAAAAGUACAGGAAUUGGCCACACUCUGUGUAACCUGCACAUUAUCAGCAUGACAGUUCAUUUUUGGCUUUGAAAAAAACACUCACCACAACAACCCCAACUCAAGGUCUUCGUACAAGUCUGUUCUGGAGCUUUCGACUGCACCACAUGGUCCUCAUCAGCAGAUUGAAUUGACUCAGUUGCCCAUGAAAUGUCGAUAUUAAAACUUUCUUGUAGUGCUAAAAUGGUUAUUGAUUAACGAAGUAGUUGAGCGACGGAAAAUUGCUGACAGUUUUGGUUAUCUAUUAAUCGUUUAAAGGUAGAGUAGGUGAUUCUGGAGAAAGAAAGUUGAUUGCUGAGUCUGAGUUUCAGGUUGUCAAUUAGCGAUGCUUUGGGUUGGUAUUCGGAUCAAACUACCAACCCAAAGAGUCACCGUUUGACGACCUACGAAUGAGACUCAACAAUCAACUUUCUUUCUCCAGAAUCGCCUACUCUGCCUUUAAGCAAUUGUCAGUUAUUGUUUGUAAAUAUGCUCAAGUGAAAGUAAAAGCCAACCUCCCAUUCACUAUUGUUUAGCAUUUAGUCUUGCUAUAUUUUCGGGGUUUAUUUUUUGGUGCUGUGUCUGUAGGGUGGCUACUCAUUACGGUCUGGCAGCUGGUCACUACCUUUUUAUAACGCCCCAACCUCACCUGAGCGCUGUGAGCAUCCACACCCAUACACAUCUCAGACACAGACAAUAAGAAGGAAGUAAUAAUAUCAUUGUACACACUUCUGGUGGGUCAUAAGUGAUGAUUUAUGAGCAAUUUAAAUAUGAAAAACCUUGGUUCUGAGGAGUUGUGAUGUACAUUUAUCACAAUUUUCUGACAUUUUAUCGACCGAAUGAUUACUUGGAAACUGAAUUGGCAGAUUAAUCGCUUAUUAAAUAAGCGUUUAUUGCAGCCCUGCUUUCUAGUAAAUGGUUCUGUGGCAACUGAGUGCAUUUUAUCUGCUGAUGAGGACUGUAUAAUAAGGUCAAAAGCUCCAGAACAAGCAAGUAAGAGAUCUGUGUUUAGAUUGACCUCAAUACACCAAAUAAUUAUUAAUGUAAGUAAUUGUUACAAACCAUUACAUCAGUAUAAAGAAAUAUUGUUUGUCCAUAUCUCCCACUCUUGCUUAGUUAGAGCCAUAAUAAUCUCUUGCACAUGGUAAAAUGACACCACACAGGCAGAUGACAAACUAAGGAUACACCACAAGGGAAGAUACUUAUUCGUUUUUUAAUGUUAUUUUCCUUUCACGAUCCAAAGGAUCACCACCACAGCAGCCCUCUGUAGCACAGGAGCUUAGCUGAUGCAGGCCUCCUCCUCCUCCUUCUCUUCUUAAAUAUCUUUAGUCAAACCUGCCAAACACAGCUCUGAGAGGACAUCACAGAUUGUCCCAUCAGGUCAUAUAUAGCCAGGAGGGGGUCUCUAAUGUGCGAGGGUUCAGUCUGAGGAAGGAUUUGGUGGAUGCUUGCGCAAAAGGAAGUUGUCAGUUUGAGAAAAUGGAGGGAGGGGAGAUGAGAACAGCGUGCCUGGGUUAGAGAGUGAUGUAGAAGAUGUGGAAAAAAAAGUGAAAGUUGACGGGCUGGUUAGUGAGCACAUGUCCAGCCAGACAUGUGCUGCCGUUGAUUAUUGUGAAACAAGCCUUAUGAGAGAUUCCACUGUUUGUAGCUUUCAAAUCUACGAGCUUAAGAGAAACUGUUAAUACUAUACAUAUUGUCUCUUAACGACAAUAUCAGCCUUAACUUGUUUACAUGAAAAGAAUAUUUGUUGCUCUGAAAGAUUAAGAGGGGCUGUGCAGUUUGAUGCCAUUUCAGGAGAUUUAUUCCAAAGCACCAAUUUAUCGUAAAUAUCGAGGAGAGACAGCUGAAGCUCGUUAAAUAUAAUGUUUUCACUUUUUUGCAGCCAAGGGCUUUAUGUUAUUUACAAGUGUUUGAGAUAGUAUGGUUUUAUAAAGACGCGAUCACAUGUUUUUUCAACGGCAUGUCUUAUUUUUAGAAUGACACUCUUUGAUUCCAGCCCAGUCUGUGGACCUUUAAUGUCGUAAUAUAUCUAAGUGAAGCUGCAUUGAAACAUCAGAGAGGUUGUCACUAAUUUGCUGAGACUUUUGGACCCAAUCACAUCAUUACUAGUGUUUCACAGUUGCAUCAACAUGUGCUUUUUUUGCCAUGACAAUCCAUUCAGCCCCUCCUACUAAAGGAAUCCUGAUUGUCACUGUAUUUUUAUUUUUAUUUUGCAUAGAAAUAAAAUGCUUAUAAUGGCACUUUAUGUAUAA